AUGCCCAGUUACAUUCUGGGAAUUUCCCUGGGAAACAAGCAUAAAAAGGACAAGCUAGAAGAGAAGAAAGCAGCAGAGAAAGCAGUAGAGAAACCAGCAGAGAAACCAGCAGAGAAACCAGAGGAGAAACCAGAGGAGAAACCAGAAGAGAAUGCAGAAGAGAAUGCAGAAGAGAAUCCAGAAGAGAAUCCAGAAGAGAAUUCAGAAGAGCCUGAAGAAGAGAAAAAGGUGGAAGAAGAGAAGCCAAAAAGGUUCUUUGAAUAUAUUUUCCUCUACCAAGAUGCAGUGAUGUUUCAGAUUGACCAAGCCACCCAGAUGUGCUCCAAGAUUGCCUUGACUGACCAAUGGGAUCCUCUGGAUAUCCCCCAAAACUCAACGUUUGAAGACCAGUAUUACAUCGGGGGCCCUCAGGACCAGAUUAUGAUACAGGAGUGGUCAGACAGGAAGGCAGCCCGGAAAUACGAAACAUGGAUCGGUGUCUAUACCGUCAAAGAUUGCUACCCAGUCCAAGAAACCUACAUCAGGAAUUACAGUGUCACAUUCUCUACUCGCUUCUUUGAUAUCCAGCUUGGCAUUCGUGACCCCUCUGUGUUUAUUCCACCAAGCACUUGUGAGAGAGCCCAGACAAGGAGGAUGAGUGAAGCCUGCUGACUGCGGACAUGAGCUGCUCAGAGGCUGAAAAAUCACAGUAACUACUGACCAGUUGAGAAAGCUACUGACAUACACUGAAAGUUGAUUAUGGCUCUUUAGGCUAUCAGAGCCUUCACGGGAUAGUCAAUUCUAGUGUUGCUUGUGUAAAUGCCAUCAGGUUAAUUGUGCCAGCGCCCACUUUUUUUUUUUCCUACUUAAAACUCCAACUGUGUUCCUCCAGGUAAACUGGAAUAAAAGGGGAGGGAUUAUGCAGGUAAUUCAUGAUCAGCAAAAAAAUCCAGCCUGGCUCACUUCAGUUAGAAGCCCCCUGCUGAAUUGGCCUGAAUUACCUGGAUCAUUCAGCUCCCUUUCAUUUGUCUUUUCCCACUCAGACCUAUUUUCAGGUGAUGUUUGCUGGCUCUUCCUAGAAGUUUCUGGAGAAUAUCCUGUGAAGUAGAAAACGUGCUUAACUUUGUGCUGACCGUUCUGUUAAAAUGUGCUUGAUUUUUCAGGUUAAAGAGAGAGAGGGAACUGCCUCUCUUGAGUUCGCUUGGCCCAUCAGACAGAUUGCUAGCCUGUCUUUUGUUAUGUUUGUGGUCAUUGGUGGGUUUGCCCAAGAGCUCUGUUGAAUAGCUAAGCGGGAACUGGAACGUGGCAUAUCUCAAGCAUCCCAUUUCAUAACCAUCAAAACCAUUAAACACAUUACAUGCUCA